AUGAAGGAUAAAGUACGUCUCAAUUUCGUCGUUUUUGGUGAUGAGUCCUCGGGAAAAUCAACACUCGCUGGUAUGGUUGUGAACUUGUUACUCGGUGCCAUUACCAGGCAACAUUUGGAGAGUGCAGAACAAAAUGCUAUCAACAAUGGCGACCAGUCGCUCAAAUUUUCUCGUGUGAUCGACGACAGAGCAGACAGUGAAGAAGAUGUCAACAUUGAUAGCUUUGCUGUGCUCUUGCGCCGGUGUCAAUUCUCACCUUUUUUCCUGUGGAUAGAUGCCCCUGAUCCAGCAGCCUGGUUCGCGUACGCCGACACCGCUAUUCUCGUCAUCUCUGCCACUUAUGACUUGGGCAAUGGAAUCCAGAUUCAUUCGCCAAUCUUUCAGCAAUUGAUUAGCGCAUCUGCUCUCGGCCUGCGAGAAAUUAUCGUCGCUGUGAACAAGAUGGAUGCGAUUGGCUGGAACGAAGAUCGGUGGAACGAGUUUCUUAAAGAAUUUCGUCGUGUGAUCAAAAAGGCUGGGUUUGACGACAGGGCGACUGUUGUUGUACCCGUCAGUGGGUAUAAUGGGGACAACAUUCUCGAAGAUUCUGCUACCAUGCCAUGGUAUAGAGGAUGGGCAGUGACACGCCAUGAUGGGUCUACAACGGAGAGAGGAAAGACUUUGUCAGAUGCUAUCGAGAUUUCCAACCUGUCGGAAAGACGUCCGAAUGACCCGCUCCGCCUUCUUAUCGAUGAUGUCUAUGAGACAGAUGACUCCGAUACCAUCGCAAAUUGCUACGUCGUUGCUGGCACUGUCGACUCUGGGAUAGAGUUGAGAAACCCAGCCGGUGACUCGGCCGAGGUGGAAUCUCUAUCGCUAGUGACGACGGGCAACAACGAUGCUGGUUAUCCCGGGGACUUUAUUGCUUGCACCCUGACCAAUAUGUCUGGAUGUUUUACCAAGGGCCAAGUUGUUGGUAACGCUGCGGAAGACGAAUUCUCCUACGCCACCUCUUUCACUGCACGGGUCGUCAUUACAGGUAAAGAUUACCAGAUCUAUCCUGGCUAUCGGUAUACUUUGUGCGGACUCUUCAACACUGCCUGCGAGUUCUCAACGCUGCUCUGCACUGUCAACCCGAGAAAUGGUAACACAAUCGUAGAUUCGCCGGAGUUUAUCAAAACCGGCAAUACUGCGAUUGUGGACGUGGUCCCUGACAACCCAAUCUUUGUCGAGAACAUCCAAAGUGGCUCUCGAUUCGCAAGAUUUGUCAUUGAAGACGAGGGUGAAAUUAUCGGAAUGGGUAUCAUCAAAAGCGUCGAGUACUAG